CCGGAUCUGCCCCUAAUAUGGAAUCUUGACUAGAUUUCUAGCGACAGCUGGUUUAGCAGAAUGUAAAGCUUCAGCCAGUGUGACGAUUCAACGUUGUGUUUAUGUGUUAUCCCCAACUUUCUAUGGGGUUUCUCUGGGCUGCGUAGCAGCUUCUUCAAAGGAGCACCAUGGCCAUGUGGAUGCAGGCUCAACAGCUGCAGGGAGAAGCCUUACACCAGAUGCAGGCGCUGUAUGGCCAGCAUUUUCCCAUCGAAGUGCGGCACUACUUGGCCCAGUGGAUAGAGGGGCAACUUUGGAAUUCAGUAGAGUUGGAUAACCCAGCAGAGGAAACCAAAGCCAAGCGCCUUCUGGAUAACCUGGUGGCGGAGCUCCUGAGGAAAGCACAGCUUCAGGGAGGGGAGGAUGGUUUUCUUCUCAAGAUCAAGCUGGGACACUAUGCAAAUCAACUAAAGAACACAUAUGACCGCUGUCCUUUGGAGCUUGUACGCUGCAUCAAACACAUCCUGCUCUCUGAGCAGCAGUUGGUUCAAGAAGCUUCAAAUGUGAGUUGUGCGAGUGGGGGGCAGGUUCUGGACAGCCUCUCCCAGCGGCAUCAGCAGAUCAACCAGUCCUUCGAGGAGCUCCGAUUAGCCACACAGGAGACUGAGAAUGAAUUGAGAAAGCUUCAGCACAGCCAGGAGUAUUUCAUCAUCCAGUACCAGGAAAACCUGCGUCUCCAGGCCCAGUUGAGCAGUUUGAGUUCCCUGCCUCCAGCAGAGCACACCCAACGGGAAACCACUCUACAAAACAAGAGAACUACUUUGGAGACCUGGCUGGCCAGAGAAGCGAGCACACUACAGAAAUACAGGCUUGAUCUGUCAGAACAACACCAGAAAACCCUGGCCGUUCUUAGGAAACAACAGACUUUGAUCCUGGAUGAGGAGCUUAUCCAGUGGAAGAGGAGGCAGCAGCUAGCAGGCAAUGGGGGUCCUCAUGAGGGAGGACUAGAUAUCCUCCAGUCUUGGUGUGAGAAGCUGGCAGAUCUAAUCUGGACUAACAGGCAGCAAAUCCGACGCUGUGAACAUCUUACUCAACAACUUCCUCUGCCAGGCCCCAUGGAAGAUCUACUUAACAAACUCAAUGCUGACAUUUCAGAUAUCAUCUCUGCCUUAGUCACUAGCACCUUCAUCAUUGAAAAGCAACCGCCCCAGGUGUUAAGGACCCAGACCAAGUUUGCAGCCACAGUGCGCCUUCUGGUGGCCGGGAAACUCAAUGUCCACAUGAAUCCACCUCAAGUCAAGGCUGUCAUUGUUAGUGAGCAACAGGCCAAAGCUCUACUGAAGAAUGAGAGCACACACAGUGAAAGUAGUGGGGAAAUCCUGAACAACAACUGUGUCAUGGAGUAUCACCAGGCCACAGGCACCCUCAGCGCACACUUCAGAAACAUGUCUCUAAAGCGGAUCAAGCGUUCAGACCGCCGAGGAGCAGAGUCAGUGACGGAGGAAAAGUUCACUGUUCUGUUUGAGUCACAGUUCAGCAUUGGAGGCAAUGAGUUGGUUUUUAAUGUCAAAACUUUAUCACUACCAGUAGUAGUGAUAGUUCAUGGUAGUCAGGACAACAAUGCCACAGCAACAGUACUAUGGGACAACGCUUUUGCUGAACCAGGCAGGGUUCCAUUUGUCGUGCCAGACAAAGUUCUAUGGACCCAACUUUGUGAGGCACUUGAUAUGAAGUACAAAGCAGAAAUGCAUAGUGAACAUGGGCUGUCAGAGGAUAAUCUGGUCUUCUUGGCACAGAAAGCUUUCACAAGUACAAAUAAUAAUGCAGAAGAAUUCCGCAACAUGACCAUAUCAUGGGCCCAGUUUAACAGGGAAAGCUUACCUGGACGUAACUUCACCUUCUGGCAGUGGUUUGAUGGUGUUAUGGAACUCAUGAAGAAACAUCUCAAGCCUCAUUGGAAUGAUAGGGCCAUCCUGGGUUUUGUUAACAAGCAACAGGCACAGGACAUGCUAAUGUCCAAACUUAACGGCACAUUCCUGCUAAGAUUCAGCGACUCUGAGAUUGGUGGUAUCACCAUUGCUUGGGUGGGUGAGAACCCCAACAAACCAGGUGAAAAGCACGCAUGGAAUCUGUUGCCUUAUACAACUAAGGACUUCUCCAUUCGAUCCUUAGCUGACCGCAUCAGUGAUCUGAAUCAUCUUCUGUUUCUCUAUCCUGACCGGCUCAAAGAUGAGGUCUUUGCCAAGUACUACACGCCUCAACUAUCAAAAGCAGUGGAUGGUUACGUAAAACCACAGAUCAAACAAGUUGUGCCUGAAUUCACCACUCCAAACCCUGAACCGAGCGGAACAACUCCCAUCUUCAUGGACCAGACAUCUUCUCCCCCUGUUGUCAACCCCAACAAUUUUACCGCCUUCCCCUCAAUGGCAGACACCAUGAUGGAUGCAGAGGCAGAUUUUGACCUGGAUGACACCAUGGAUGUGGCUCGACAUGUGGAGGAGCUGCUCCGUAGGCCCAUUGCUAACCAAUGGAGUAGUCAGCAGUCCUGAAUGAGACAAAUGCCAUCACCCAUGUGACCGUGUCACCAGAGACACCCCAAGGGACUUUAUAGACGGGACUUUGUGUAAAGAUAACAGUCAGGUAUUGAAUUGCCUUUUGUUUAUCCCCGUUUACACUGCACACCAAAUCAGAUGGUUUUUGCCCGCAAGUGACACAGAUCUGAUUUUUUAAACACUUCAAAGUGCUUCAAAUCUGAUAUUUUUGCACCAGGAGGUAGUCCAAAUCCGAUUGGAAUCUGAGGUUUUUAAAUAUGACUUCAGUCUAAACGCAAUGAUUCGUAUGUGACUUUUUCAUCAGCUUUGUGUGAGCUAUGUCAUUCGUGUGAGCAGGAAAAGACAGACUGCCAGCGGAAGUGGAUAUUUCAUCACAACAUCCGGUUACAGAAAGCUUUUUUCGACGGACAAAUUUUCGGUGCAUCACUAGUAAAUAGUGUGAAAAUAAUAGGCUAAAUGUAAUAUAUGGAUAUGUAUUUUGAUUCCGGAGAAAUAACGAUUAAAAAAAACAAAACAAAAUUGACACUGUGGCGUAAUUGUUUAAGUAACCGUAAUUGCUUACAUGUUCCGUACAUUGCAUUAAUUGUUUACGUAAAUGUGUGGAAAAAUAAAACUAAAGUAGAUCCACACUAAUGUCUGUGUUGCCUCUACUUAACAACCAUAAAAGGAUUACAACCCUCCAAAAUAUAUUACACUAUAUAUGUUCAUUCACACAUUACAUUAGUUACUUUUAUUUUCACAUAUGAAAACACUCAUUUUUACUUUAUUUUAUUUUGUAGUAGUUCUAGCGACUUCCUUGUUCGUUCACGGAAUCCAGUCAACUUUCUUUGUUUACAUUUCAGCAAACUGCGUCAAGGUCACGUUGGGGCCACAUUGGGGCCUGUGUGCGUUUAUACUGGUGUCCGGUAAAGAUCACAUUUUACUUACAGUGUAAACAAUCUGCUAGAAAAAAUCAGAUUUGGACCACUUUGGCCUGCAGUGUAAACGUGGUCUUAGUGUGUUUUAGUAUGUUUGUAUGGAGUAAAAAAUCAGAAACCUGUUGGCACUAUUUGGUGAUGGCCAAAAAUGUCUGGGUUUUUUGUCAGAUAUAAAUCUUACUAAUACAAAAGAACAGGAUUAUAGAUACCCACAUCAACUUCAGUAUUAAUGUAAAAAAAAAAAUACAUAAGCUCAUCCACCUUUUUCUUCAUGUAGUAAUUGUGUACCGGUAAUGUUUUAAUGUGUUAUAGGGAUGCUCAUUUACCUGUCCAAUUGUACAGACAAUUGGGUAAACUGCAUGCAAUGUAUAUAGAAAGUAUAUCAAAAACAAACAUUUUGCAUUUUAAACUGCUAUUACAUUGAUAGAACUGUUUUGUUUUUUAUGUUUGCCUAAAUGUAUUCCAGAAAAGUGAGGUGUGUACAGUAUACGUAUAGACAUAUGGUCAGGAGACUAGCAUCUCUGUCAUUGCCAAAGCAACCAUGUAUGGCCUUCUCUGGUGGUCAGUACUUUUAGGGAACUCGUCUGGACUUAUCGUGUUUAGGCACGGCUUUACACCUUCUGAACAGUAAACAUACAAGAAAUGGCAAAUUAGAUGAUAACCUUACAGACUUUAGCAACUUUAAGAUUAGCCAAAAGCUAAUUUCCUUACUGAUGAUUUGGCAACAGUGUACACCAAAAUAUUGGCAUAAAAAAAGGGACUCCACUUAGUAUAGUGGGAAAGUUUGUAUGUGAACUUGUUUUUCACAAAGGGACCUGAUCGUUUGCCACAAGCAUGAACUUUUCCCAACUAUUUUUACUGACCUUAAAUGCAACAUGAGCGUGGAUGAAUGAACAAUAAGUGCAAUAAAUGUAUUUUUUUACUCGUUACACUUAGACGUUGAGUGAAGUAAUACAAUCAUAGCGAUCGAAUAUUAACAACGAAAUUCUCACAUUUACACUGACAAUGUGGCCUGCACUGCAAAUUUUCAGACAUCGGCUUCAUUGGACUGUCAAAAUCUGGCAUUUUGCCGACUAAUACUAACCUAACAGUACCUAAACACAAGCAACUCUGUCGCACUCAAGUUAAUAAGUAACCUAUUGGUAGCAUUUCAAGGUCCAAGGGGCCUUUCCUUAUUUGUCAUUAUCAGAGUGUAUAAAUAUACACAAAAAAUGAAAGGCUGUUCUCAACUAGUGCUUCAGAGCAAAAAGUAAUAAAAUUUAUGAAAACAUAUGUAUGAUGCAACAUAUUCAAAUUAUAUUAGAUAGUACUUUAUUUAUUCUGAAGGAACUCUCCUGACGGAAUAAAUAAAGUACUAUCUAAUAUAAUUUGAAUAUGUUGCAUCAUACAGCUCUGUGAGGCUAGCUAGCAUCGUCACUAAUAUUAACAUUUACAGUUGCAGUACUUGUACGAACGUAACUAAAAUAAUCCAAAUAUAUAUAUUUGGAAUGUUAUGUUGGUAUUAAUCCAUGCAUUCUUUAGGUUCUGACCUUUUCCUUGCCUUUAACCACAGUGGCUUACUCUUCACUAGAGGGAGACAAAGCACAAGAAACUAGAGAAAUUACUGUACAGUAAAACAUUACUAGACUAACUCACUUUUAAAUCAAUACAUUUCAUGGUAAUGAUGUCAGUAAUGUACCAGCCAUCUGUGAGAAAUGGAAAAGUUCUAUUGCCUUGAAGCCUAAACCCACGUUAGAAAACUACAAACAAGGUUUGGCACCCCACUGAAAAAGAAAAGAGUCACAAGGAAUAGUUAACAUGACAAAUGUUGAACUCCAAUAUGGAACAAAUGUAUCAGACCACCAAUUGUAUUUAUUUAAUUUGAAUUUAUGAACAGAAUAUGCAUCUCAAACUAUUAAAAUUAAACAUUUUGAAAUGUUUAUUUUAAAAAAUGUAAUUGUUUUAGUUUACUUGACAAAUAAAUAACCUAAACAUUUUUAGUUUUUAACAUAUAUUUAGUAUAUUUUUUCAAUAGAUGUUUUUUGUUAGUUUUUUUUUUAAACACAGAUUUGUCCAGCACUAUACAAUGGUUGUGUAGCUCUCGUAUCCUUUAUUUUUCUGUAUAGGGCUUAUUUGAAAAAAAAAAAAAAAAAGUCUGGAUACAGCUGCCUUACAGUGAGUUUCCAUAUGUGGUUACUUGCCUCGUUUAUAUGACCCUUCUGAAAAAUAUUCAAUGCCUGUUAUCAUGCUGCCUUUCCUAUAUUCAUCAUAGAGUCAACAUGAGCUUUUUGCCAGAUUUUUAACGACUAUACAUUGGGGAGAACAAGUAUUUGAUUCCCAUGUGAUAUUUUAAUAGAAGAUGUAUUUUUACAGAAAGAGACAGAAUAUCACUCAUUUCCCCCAUUGUAUAAAACAUUUCUCCCAAAAGCAAGUUGCAGUGCUUACAGACCGCUCUACAUUGGAUUUCAUCACUCUGUCUUGACUGUCCUUACUUAACCUACCGUAUUUAUAAAUGGUUGAUUUAUAUAGGCUAGUAAGGUAAAGUUUUGUACCUGACAAGUAGCCUAUAUAAAUCAACAUUUUAUAAAUACAUGUCAGUAGGCUAAAUAAACCUCUACAACAUUCUUAACCUACUGUAUGGUCUGGAGGACAGCCGCACCUACUAAAUUUUAGAAGAACCUUUUUUUCCCCAUAUAUUAGCCCCACCGGACUAUAAGCCGCAGAUAUAUAUGUUGUGGAAUUAGUUAUAUACACAGACAUAUUCUGUAAAUGUUUAUUUACUUACCUUAAUACCUUAAUUGUUCACAAUUUGUGUCUGUAACACAGCAGUAAAACAAAUGAACACACAAAAGACAAGCAAUCGCCAUGGACCCAAUCAGCUAAACAGACUCAAUAACUACACUGUGACGUUUUUGGCAAGGUUACUGAGGAAACAAUACAAAAAUAAUGCUAUUGUAAGUUAAUAAUACUAACACUGACAGUUUUCAACGUGUUAGCAUAUUAGCUUAUGCUAACUACGCUAGUGUCAUUACAUUACGAUAGCACAUACAAAAAUGCAUGAAAACACUGACAGAUAUCACACUUGGGACGGCUUAGUAAGUAAGAAUUGUUUUAGGUAUAUUGGAAAACUUAUAAACAUUAAUUGCAGUGAUAAGUGAAGAGUCAUUACGAGUAGAAACGCUAAGGACGGCUGAAAUGUAAAAAGGCACUGCUCGUAAAUGGAAAGACACUUGCAGUGAGCGAACUUGAUCAUAAGCUGGCGCCGUAGCACAAACAAUAAUACAUUUUCUAGGUGUAUUUGUUUGUUUUUUGGGGGCUUUUUUAACAAUUUUUUUUAAAUACAUAAAUUAGCCGCACCAUCUUAUGAGCUACAGGGUUCAAAGUGUAAGAAAAGAGUAGCGGCUUACGGUCCGGAAUUUACAGAAAAUUAAAGGUAUUCUAGUAGAUGCCUUUCUUGUUGCUGCCUAAAUGCAGUGCAAUAUUAAGGUAGAAGACGGGUAUUUUGAUUAAGGUCAAGUAAGGAGAGUCAAGCAAGAAUGUAGUAUUUAUGGUCACUCUGAAUGUGAAUAAAGGGGUUUAGUUUUUUGUUUUGUUUUUAUUGUGGACCCUAAUCGUGCUUAGUGAAUACUAAAUAGUCAAAAUUAAAACAGAUCGUUCUUUAUGGAGAAAAUGCAUAUGCCUCAUAAUGGCAUGGUUUUAAGUGAACAAUUGCUGAUCUUUUGAUUGUGAAAUGAAAUGGAAACAUUUUCCGGGUUGUAUUCACUAUGAUCUGGCCCUGCUUUAGGGAUUGCUAAGGGACAAGACUGUUCAGUACAGUAUAGGACUUUUAGAGACAUGCCAGGUAUGUAAGGCUCAGGUGCCAUUUGUGGCCAUUUUGGUCGUUGGUAUAUUCGAAAAAUUGAAUACAGUAAAGCCUUGUUUAUUGCGGUCAAUUGGUUCUGGACCUGACCAUGGUAAAUUUAUUUCCGCAAGGAAGGAAUUUUCAUUAAAAACGUAAUAUUUUUAUAGCUACGGCAUAAAAUAACAUAUUUACUACCUUCAAAAUACAAUUAACGUGACAUAAUACCUAGAUGUAAAAUAAUGCCCACAUGGUCACUUUUACACUCGUUAUAUCCAAUAUUGUAAAACGUCCUGAGACUGAGUCAAUCAGUGGCCAUGAUGGUGAACAGCAUUCUGAUAUAUUUGGUCAUAUCUCGUGGCCAGUACGGCUGUAAUAUUUAGAAUUUUAGUUCGUUUAGCCAUUUUUAUGCUUGAAAAUCAUUAGGUAAAAGUUUUGUGACAAAUACGUAGAAUUUGCCCAAUAUGUCAAGGGAUGAGAGAUGUUAUACUAAUAAUGCUUUGUCAGCUAUAACACAGUAGCUCAAUGUAAGUUAUUUUCAAAUAGCUUAGCAUAUAUUGACCUUCAUUGAAUUGGUUUUACUAACUUUGAAGGACAAAGGUAGUUCUUUUUUUUUUUUUGUAUGCAGCCCUCGGUCGAAAAAGUUCGGAUACCCCUAGUUUUAAGGAUGUGAAUUAAAAAUACACCGAAACCUCAAGGAAACAUGCUGUGACAAAAAGCCAAACUAGCCUCAAAUUAUUUUAACAUGGUAUACUAUAUUAACUGUACAUAAUGUCCUGUGGAUUCACACUGUACAGUAGGGAGGGUAUUCAUAUGACCCCUUUCCUGGGUGGAUCUUGUGAAGAGGAAGGGGGGGGGGGGCUUAAUCGUUGCAAUGCAUUCUGCUGAAAAUGAUGGAAAGCACCACUCUACAUAGCAACUGAUGCUGUGCUCAAAGUUGAAAUUGCCACAAAACAUAUUUUAGGAUAUUCAACAUUCUCCUGCCAUCCCCCAAUUUGUCACGUUUCAUGUGUCAGGUUAACUGUGACCAAUAAGGCCAUAUGAAUCCCCUUCCUACUGUAAUUGGGCGGUUAUCAGUGAGGAAGCACUCAUGCUCACAUUAACAAUUUGUGUUAAUGCUUGUGUCGACAUAUAAAACUACAUGUCUUACGUGGGCUGCCCAAGUUCCUGCCGUUUGUACAGUCUGUAGCUUGCUUGUACAAAUUAUGCUUUAUUUUUUUUGUUUGAGUUUUGUGAAUAUGGGAAAUUAAAAGUAUUUUUUGUCAGUUGGUUGGUGUUUCUUAAUCGACAUGAUCAUUCUCACCACUUGUUGGGCUUGAAUAAUGAAACAAAACUACAAGGAGCAAUUGUCAAGCAGACAAAUAUGAAAUUAUCUGUGCAUUGUACAAUACGAACAUACUGAAAAUGUUUUGUUUUGAAUAAAGUACAACUUUUUAUUGGCUGAAGUGAA